AUGCAGGAAAUGCCUGAAGUUGCCACAAACGACGUGCUCCAGCCAGCAUCGAGGGCAAAGACCAGAGGAACGCCAGGGCCCACUACCACAGGUGCUUGGCGACCUUCCUUGACCAGGAGCACGGAUGGCCCAGAGCCUCUCGAAAGCCGACCUCUGGUGCAGGAGGAGCCCGAUCGAAGUGCCCGAGCAGACCCCGUGGCAACGCCGGAGUUUCACGAAUU